UUCUCGGAGGCACUGGCAGCCCCAGACUCGGAGAACUGGGCCGCAAAGCUCACCGGUGAGCCAUGGCGUCGGCGGUGGCGGCAGCGGCAGCAGUGCGGACCCGGAUCCUGCAGGUUUCUUCUAAAGUAAGCUCCACAUGGUACCCAGCGUCCUCCUUCUCUUCGUCGUCAGUGCCAACUGUAAAACUCUUCAUUGAUGGGAAAUUUGUUGAAUCCAAAAGUGAUAAAUGGAUUGACAUCCACAACCCAGCUACCAAUGAGGUCAUCGGUCGGGUCCCUCAAUCCACCAGAGCGGAAAUGGAUGCAGCUGUUGCGGCCUGCAAACGUGCUUUCCCUGCAUGGGCAGACACGUCCAUUUUAAGCCGUCAGCAGGUCCUGCUCCGCUAUCAACAACUUAUUAAAGAAAACCUGAAAGAAAUUGCCAAGUUAAUCACACUGGAACAAGGGAAGACUCUAGCUGAUGCUGAAGGAGAUGUGUUCCGAGGCCUUCAGGUGGUCGAGCAUGCCUGUAGUGUGACAUCCCUCAUGCUGGGAGAGACCAUGCCAUCUAUCACCAAAGACAUGGACCUUUAUUCCUACCGUCUGCCUCUGGGUGUGUGUGCAGGCAUUGCACCAUUUAAUUUUCCUGCCAUGAUCCCCCUUUGGAUGUUUCCUAUGGCUAUGGUUUGUGGAAAUACUUUCCUAAUGAAACCAUCAGAGCGAGUACCUGGAGCAACUAUGCUUCUUGCUAAGUUGCUUCAGGAUUCUGGUGCCCCCGAUGGAGCAUUGAACAUCAUCCACGGACAGCACGAAGCUGUAAAUUUUAUUUGCGACCAUCCAGACAUCAAAGCAAUCAGCUUUGUGGGCUCCAACCAGGCAGGAGAGUACAUCUUUGAAAGAGGGUCAAGAAAUGGCAAGAGGGUUCAAGCCAACAUGGGUGCCAAAAACCAUGGGGUAGUCAUGCCAGAUGCCAAUAAGGAAAACACCCUCAACCAGUUGGUUGGUGCCGCAUUUGGAGCUGCUGGCCAACGCUGCAUGGCUCUUUCAACAGCCAUCCUUGUAGGAGAAGCUAAGAAGUGGCUGCCAGAGCUGGUGGAGCGUGCCAAAAAUCUGCGAGUCAAUGCAGGAGACCAGCCCGGAGCUGAUCUUGGCCCUCUCAUCACCCCCGAGGCCAAAGAGCGAGUCUGCCGUCUGAUUGACAGUGGAACAAAAGAGGGGGCUUCCAUCCUUCUGGAUGGGCGAAAAAUUAAAGUCAAAGGCUAUGAAAAUGGUAACUUUGUUGGACCAACCAUCAUCUCCAAUGUCAAGCCAAGUAUGACCUGUUACAAAGAGGAGAUUUUUGGCCCAGUUCUUGUGGUUUUGGAGACCGACACAUUGGAUGAAGCCAUCAAGAUUGUAAAUGACAACCCAUAUGGAAAUGGAACUGCCAUCUUCACAACCAAUGGAGCCACUGCACGGAAAUAUUCUCACAUGGUGGAUGUCGGACAGGUGGGCGUGAAUGUCCCCAUUCCAGUGCCUUUGCCAAUGUUUUCCUUCACCGGCUCUCGAUCUUCCUUCAGGGGAGACACCAAUUUCUAUGGCAAACAGGGCAUCCAGUUUUACACUCAGCUAAAGACUAUCACAUCUCAGUGGAAAGAAGAGGAUGCUACUCUUUCCUCACCUGCUGUAGUCAUGCCUACCAUGGGGCGUUAGAAGCAAGUUCUUCAAGACUCAAUACAAUCUGAGUCAUUUCCCAUCAUUCUUGGCCACCUUCACUUGCCAUCUUUGCUCAAAUCAGAUCCAUGAUAAUGGAAUAUGAUGGAACUAAACUCUUUCUUAGAACUGCUAGUCCCUUCAAAGUAAUAGGGAGACAGCAGGGAAACCCUAGUGCUGUCUGCACUUGCUCUCUGUACUUCUGUUCUGGAGUAACUUGUAAUUGUGAAAUUCUUAAUUGGAGUGAGAGAUGAGAACUGCCUUCUAACAGUUCUUCUGAUGACUUGGAAAGGAAUGCCAGUGUAGGGACAGAGUUCCCAAUAAUUGGAAGAACUCUUGGAUAGGGAAAUAGGAAGUAACAGUUCACCCUCAGGUUGAGCUUCAAACACAGCCCUCCAUCGAUUCUCACACUUUAUGUUUUCUCUCAUCCCAACAUUGUGUCAACUGCUGCUUCUCUGCUCAAUGCCACUUUCUUCUUGUUUUGAUUCAUGACCACUUAAUUCUAUCAUUGUCCAUAUUCUUUUUUUUUUUUUUUUUUUUUUUUUUUUUGGUUUUUCGAGACAGGGUUUCUCUGUGGCUUUGGAGCCUGUCCUGGAACUAGCUCUUGUAGACCAGGCUGGUCUCGAACUCACAGAGAUUCACCUGCCUCUGCCUCCCAAUCCAUAUUCUUUUCUUAAAAUACUUCUCAAAGAUACCUCAGGACGCAAACAAUAUGUUAGCUUUUUGUUAUGUGUGCCAUGUUUCAUGGUUCACUUCAGCAAUCAUUAUCAAUACUCUAGCCAUUAAUACAGAUGCAAAUAAAUCCUUAGAAAAAUUAUAUCUCAAGUUAUUUUUUACCCAGAAAUCAAAGAAUGUUCCAAUCAUGAAAGUGGAUAAGAUUCUUUGCCUUAAAAAAGCCUAACCUAUUUUUUAUUUGCCAAAUUUUGUGUUAUUCUUUCUUUUGCCAGCAUUUCUCAUUAAUUGAUACUUUUUAAUGAAAGAUCUUUUCAUAUAGAAUAACUGAUUGGGCCACAAGAAACAAGUUUCCAUGCUUUGACAGUAUUUGGCCAUCACUUCUUCAACUGUCUUUCAACUUGCCUCUCUGAUAAUCUAAACCUUAAGUCAGAAGGCUUCUGUGCUGAGUAGAGUAGUUUCUGGCUGUCUGACCUGUCUGAAGCCCAGCUUUCUGAACUAGACGGCCGCUUGCUCUGCUAGCUUAAUCCUCAGUGCUGAGUGAGCCCUGGUACCGAUCAUUUAUUUUCCUCUAUUCUGUACAGUCACAUGGACAGUGCUGCUCUGGCCCAUCAGGUUAUUUGGUGAGUUAAAAUAAAGGUGGUUAAAAACCUUGAAAAUUCCUACUCUGUGGGCAUAAGAUUAUUAGGGUAUCCUCAUCUGGUAGAAUUCAGAGCCUUCAAUCAUUUUAACAAAAUACAACUCUGAUUUUUUUGUUUUCCAUCCUAAAGUCAAGUAUUAACUUGUAGUUUGUGAAAAAACAUCCUGUGUUUUCUUAUAAAACAUAGUUCAUACCUAAUUCAAUCCAACAACUUUGGACUGGGUUGAAAAGUGGUUAUUAUAUAAAUUCCAAACAAUUUAAUUACAAAAAAAAUCUAAUAUUUUCAUUAGAUAUAAAGGACAGUACUUUUAAAAACUGCCGACUAAUCAAAAUUGUGUUACUUUAAUUAGAAUCAACUGAUUUGGGCAGCUACUUAUGCUCAAAGAGUUUGUUUCUUAGAUGAAAUCUACAGUUCUAUUCAGGUUAGUAUCACUAAAACAGAGAACCAGCAUUUUCCUUUUUAUUCUUUUAUGAUCUCAUUUGAGUUUUGUCAGAUUAUGUACUGAUUAUGAAUAACCAAGUACAAAUAAAAAGUCCUUAAGAAAAAAA